AUUUCCAAGUUUGGCGUCUGCUAUAGUGUAAAACAAUGACCCAUUCAACAGUAGUAUAAUUUUGACACUUCAAAAUUAUUUGUUUAUUAUUAUUUUGCUUCAAUCCAAUGGCUGUUUUACAUUACAUAAGUCUUUGUUUGCUGCCAUGGUUGGCGGUCCAAGUCUAAUUUCAGCUUAACAAUUAUUAUAUAAGUGAUUAUGGAUAAGUGUAAGGAUUGUUUCACACCAAAAAAGAGACUUCAGAUAGGAAAGGUUUAUGCUAAUUCAAACUUGACACUAACAAAAUGGAUAUGAAGAAGAUGAAGUGGUUUGGUUCAAGAAAUGAAGCACGUUUAGGUAGGAGCUACACAACAAAGCCACAGACUCAUCAUAGCAGCAAUGAUGGAAGCAAGAAAACAGUGUGGCAGAAGAUUUGGAGGAAGGUGAAAAGAGAUAAAAAGAAAGUUUUCAAUUAUGCUUCUUCUUCUGGUUCUUCUAGGGUAGAUAUUGAUGGUGUAUGUUAUGAUGAAGAAACAUAUUCAAUGAACUUUGAUCAAGGAACAGGGUGGAUGGAAGCUGAUAAUCUACCACGGUCAUUUUCAGCUCGGUAUGCUGAUCCAUCAUGGAUUUUACCACCUAAACUUUUAUUGCGUAGAUGAUUAUUAUUAGUGUAAAAAAUAGUUUUUUUUCCUCUUGUUUUUUAUUCUAGAGUCCAAUUUUCUACAUCUUACUAAAUUUUUAUGUUUGAAUAUUGAGUUGUUGAUCAGAUUUAUGGUCUCUAAAAUCAAUCUCAAAUAUAGACUAUUCUAAAUUUAAAUAUCACUUAGUCAAUGACUUGAUCGUUAAAACAUUCGUAAAUAUUAUUACCCGAUAACAAUACUGGACUCAAUUUAUUAUUGGAUGAAUGAAUGUAGAAUGUAUUAUAUAGCUUAUAAGAGAAAUAAAUCAAUUAUUUUAGAGAAAAAUUAAUAAUGUAUCUCAUAAGUUUCUUUGUUA